UUUCUUGCAGGAUAUGGUCGAUGCCUGGUGUACCGAAAUGCGAAAGUGCCACUCAAGCGAUAUUCGAAUCAAACGCAGGAUAUCGUUCAAGGGCCAGUCGUAGACGCAGUGACGAAAGAACCUCUCUGGAGAUACAAGACGCUGGAAUCUGACGGAAUAACAGCAGUGGGAUCGAAAGUCCUGAGUAAACAAAUUAUGAUCAAUCGGCAUGUACCGCUUGUCAUCCAUCAAACUCUUGAUGGGCCUGCUCCGGUUGGGCACAAAGAAUCCCCUUUGACUUACAAGUCACCACUUCCGUCGUAUGUCGAAAAGAUCAUGAUUACAUCAAAUACCGAAGAAUCCUACUUGAUCAAGCUGUUGUUGAGGCAGACCCGAAGGCCAGAACUCGGCGACAAGUUCAGUUCUCGACACGGACAAAAGGGCGUGACGGGUUUGAUCGUGGAACAAGAGGAUUUGCCGUUCAACGAUCAAGGGAUUUGUCCGGACGUUGUCAUGAACCCACAUGGGUUCCCGUCACGGAUGACCGUUGGGAAACUCAUCGAGAUUUUAGCCGGCAAGGCGGGGAUCAUAGAGGGGAAAUUUCAUUACGGAACGGCUUUCGGGGGAUCAUCUGUGAAAGACGUGGGGGCGGAAUUGAUCAAAAAUAACUACAACUAUCAGGGGAAGGAACCGAUGACCUCGGGAAUUACCGGCGAAACCAUGUCGGCUUACAUCUUCUUUGGGCCUGUCUAUUACCAGAAACUGAAACACAUGGUCGUUGACAAAAUGCAUGCUCGAGCAAGAGGCCCGAGAGCGGUUCUGACCAGGCAGCCGACGGAGGGUCGAAGUCGAGAAGGAGGAUUGCGGCUGGGAGAAAUGGAACGUGAUUGUUUGAUAGGAUACGGUGCGAGCAUGCUGCUUGUUGAACGGCUGAUGCUGUCAUCUGAUGUGUUCUCUGUGGAAGUGUGCAAUGGCUGCGGACUGCUGGGAUAUUCUCACUGGUGCCACUUUUGCCAGAGUUCGAGCAAGAUGUCCACGAUACGGAUACCUUAUGCGUGCAAAUUGCUGUUUCAAGAACUUCAGUCAAUGAACAUCACGCCGAAACUCAAGUUGCAUAAAUACUUCGAUUGAUGAGAAGUGUUGAUGGAAAUAAAUUUGUUUCCUUUGUUUAUUCA